UUGCUUAAGCCCGACGCGGGAAGAGAUGAUAUAUUCCACGCCGCGGGUCAAGGGUUAGCUGGUGUCGGAGGCGACGUCGUAGCGAUUGGUUGGUGGGACUCACGCGGGGUAGAAGGCACGUCCCCGCAACUUGAAUUGCAGGCGCUCAACGACGGCGCCAGGGCACAACUCAUAGGGGUGGUGCUCUUGGCGCUUAAAGAAGGGCUCGAGAACAUAGAAGAGAGCAACGGAAGCUUGCGUGAACUCAUUCAAACAGUGGCUAGGGUCUCCGCGAAUGAUUGGAUGAAUUCGAUGGCGCUUGACAUCGGCGCCAAGGAGCGGUGCGCUCGGGUGGUUCGCGUGGCCGGAGACGUGGCCGAUGAAAAAAUUUGGCAGAACGGAGAAAUACUUGAAGGAAGUAAGAUGGCUUUGUAUGCCGGAGUGAUGAUGUAUUUGGCCAAGAACUCCAAUCGAACGGACAAUAUUUCCGAAAGCGUUCAAGUCGUUGAGAAAUCGACGAAAAUUAACACUCAAGACGUCGAACCGGUGCUGGAAUUCUUCAAUUCUCCUAUGGCUUCGGUGUGCGUUUCGGUUUUGCAGGACGUGGUAUUAAAUAUUGCCGACUCCGUGGCGUGUGCUUACGUGACGUGUGCGCGUGAAAGCGGGCUACAAGCGCCUGUAAAUGGUGGAGUCGCACGUACGGAGGACACAGGAGCGGUCGUGCGCAUUCCACCGUUCAGAGACGCGUUGAGCGUUCGCUUGAAGAGCACACGUUCGUUGGAAAAAUUUCGAAAUGAAACAUCAUUGCGCACGUGGCUUGCACGCAAUUAUUACGACGUGGUCGCGAUGUACGAAGAUUGGCAUAAAUUGUGGGGCAUGAAUGCAAACGGCGAGCUCGUGACGAGGAAAAUUCACGUUUGUCGCCAGCCAGAGCUCGCAAAGGUGAAGGGAUUUCGUUUAGCUGUUUCUAUGAUAAUAGAACUCGCUGAUGUGAGCCUUCCCUUGUUCAGAAGCGCACUGAACAACUGCAGCCGGGUGGCUUCUUGGUUACUGGUGACAUUAAUUGGCCGUUCGCUUGGAUUGGUGUAUCGUGGAAUCAAAGAAAGCAUGGACCCUCAAAACAGAGUGAAAUUCACGUAGUAGACGACAGGCAGCACGGGGCGAUCGCUUCUACGCUGGGGAAAAAAUUAAUAAUAAAUGACUCCCGU